GGUGCUUUGUUGCGAAAAAAAUCAACUUUUUUAUUUGUGUUUCCAUGAUAUUUGCAAUGUUUUAUUCGUGUGUGGACAUCUCAGGAAGUUAUUGUUGUCGAUAAACACGUGAUCCAAGGCUGACACUUGUCUCAACAAAUAAUUGAAUUAACUUAUUUGCGGUGGUCUGUGACAUUUUAUAGUUUUCAUGUACUUGCAUUAAUGUUUGUGGAAGAGUGCAAAACCAUGCGCCCGCCUCAACUGCCGCCUCCCAGCCUAGCAACGCAUGAGACUUGAGCACAGAGAGUGUCGCGCGUACUGCGUGUUCAGCCAACAUGUUGGGCCUGGUCCUCACGUUACACCUGGCGCUGCUCACGGAGUCCUUCGGAAAUGUCAUUGUUUAUACACGGGACACGCCUCAUGUUAUAAUGGAGGAAUUCCGCGACAUGCCGGCGUCGUUCGGUAACGACCUCCCGGCGGAGGGGCUGCGUGGUUUCCUCGUCGCCCCGGAGCCCUCCGACGGGUGCUCCGCCCUGCCCAAGGCGCCAGACGUCGAGAACUUUACGGGGAAAUGGAUCGUAUUACUAGCAAGGUACAACUGCAGCUUCGAGCAGAAGGUGCGGAACGCUCAGGCGGCCGGCUACGACUGCGCCAUCGUACACAACGUCAACUCCAGUGAUUUAGAAACUAUGUCAGCAAAGAACCCAGAGGGGAUAGAGAUACCCUCGGUGUUCGUGAGUGACCUCGCCGGCCUUAUCCUGGCGGAGGAGUAUCAGUACAGCAACGGGUACUAUAUAAUGGUGAACGGCGACCUGCCCUUCAACAUCAACACGCACCUGCUGCUGCCGUUCGCCAUCGUCGUGGUGCUUUGUCUGCUCAUCAUACUCAUAUUUAUGAUAGUGAAAUGCAUAAAGGACCGUCGUCGCGCGCGGCGCCACCGCCUGCCGAGCCGCGCGCUCAAGAAGAUCCCCACGUGCAAGUUCUGCAAGGGGGACCCCUACGACACCUGCGCCAUCUGCCUCGACGACUACCAGGAGGGCGAGCGGCUUAGGGUGCUGCCCUGCGCGCAUGCGUACCACGCGGUGUGCAUCGACCCGUGGCUGACGCAGAACAAGCGCGUGUGUCCGGUGUGCAAGCGGCGCGUGUUCGCGGCGGGCGAGCGGCGGCGCCGGGACACCGACACCGACUCCACCGACACCGAGCCGCUGCUCAGCGACAACACGCCCACGCAGGGCGGCACGUUUGACGAGCAGCGUGAGAACCCGUUCGUGCGCGCCACGCGGUUCAUGGCGCGACUCAGAGCUAACCACCGCGACGACGACAACGCAGAGGUGGCCGCGCCCUCGGAGGACAACGAACAGACUAGUACUGGCAAUGAUGAAGAAACUGUGGACGUGUCAGACCGUCAGUCCCUGCUGCCGGCCGCAGUGGCCAGCGUGGUGGGAGAGCGCCGCCCCCGCCGCUCCCGCCGCGCGCGCUCCGCCGGGGCCCGCGCCCCCGCCCCCGGCCCCGCCCCCGCCGCUCCCGGCCCCGCC